AUGGCUUUUGCCACGAUCAACUCAUCGGUGCCGUCCAGUAUCCCGGCCAUUGAGGACGCCUUUGCCGCCCAACCAGCGCUCAAAAAACGGGUUUACGAUGCAAUCGCACAUACCCCGCAACAUGGACUUCUCUUCGAAGAUAUCGCGAAAUACACUUCCAGCCUGCUGGCCAGGACUGCAACCGCCCCCGUUCGGCCUGUCGAGGUCGUCACCGACGGCCCGGCCAUGAAGAAACGAAAAUUACAGAACGGCAAUGCUACAAGUGCCCAAUCCUCCGGCGACUUGAAAGCAGAUACUUCGCUCCAGUUCUACAUGCAGGAUGUUUCCUUUGCUGUUCCCCAGCGGAAGAAGCUUACACUUGAAAUCACCGCCGGAUUCCUACGUGCGAGAAACCAGACAUCGAAGGAGGUCGAGUUUGGGGUACAUUUGGAUAACAUACAGCAUGUCUUGUGCCUACCCGUUCCCGAGAAGAACCAGCGACAAUUUAAUUUCUGCAUUAUCCCCCAAUACGCGGACGGCGUCAACUCACCACCUGAAGGUGUAGCUGCUCCCGAUGCCAUCGUAUGGACGGUCAACGACGGACCGCCCAAGGCAGCGUUCUCAGGCAAUGGACAACAGCUUGGAAUGGACAACGAAGAAACCACAGAUAAGCUUGUCCAGCGGAUAUUGAACGACAGCCUCCCACGGACCAAGGUUGUGCGCCCGGAUGAGCGAGAGUUCGUGAGUGCUAUGCCUGAGGCUCACCGCAAGGGGGAGAAGGCCUAUCAUGUCAAGGCCUUCCGCGGCAGUAAAGAAGGCUAUCUCUUCCUUCUUUCUACGGGAAUACUAUUCGGGUUUAAGAAACCACUGGUCUUCUUUGCCUUUGAAAACGUCGACUCAAUCUCAUACACCUCUGUCCUGCAACGGACCUUUAAUCUCAAUGUUGUAGCUCGGCCUACGUCAAGCGAAGAGACGCAGGAAUUCGAGUUUUCCAUGAUCGACCAGGCCGACUUCUCGGGAAUUGAUGGUUAUAUCAAAAAGCAUGGUCUGCAGGAUGCCAGUCUUGCCGAAGCACGACGUGCGAAGCGAUACAAUGUCAACAGUGUCAAGGGAGACGAUGAAGCUGCUGCCAACGAGGAAGGGGCUGUCGAGGAGGAAAGUGAACUGCAGAAAGCCCAACGCGAGUUGGAAGAUCAAGAGGACGAGGACGAGGAAGAUUACGAUCCCGGGAGUGACAGUGAGAGCGACGGAAGCGGCUCUAGUAGUGAGGACGACGACGAUGAGGAGGAGGAGGAUGAUGAAGGCGACAUGGAUGAGGACGGCGAAGACCGAAAUUUGGUGGCGGAGGAGCUCGGAAGUGAAGCAGAAGACGUUCCGGCGGAGGAACUGUGA